AUGCAGAAGGCAGAGGCAGGAAGUUCAGAGAUUGAGGCCAGCUUGGCCUUUAUAGUGUUAGCACAUGAACUUGGUUCAACUCGACAGAUUUCUUUCUGCUCUUCUAACCAAGCAGCCAAGCAUCUCCGGGAAAAUUCAUUUUACCGUGAAAUCUGGAGUCUACAAUUCCAGGAGAGGAAGCUGUUGGGGGCUCGUCCGGGAUCAGGCGCCUCCAGACCCAAAAUUUCAAGACCAGUUGGAGGUAAGACAGAGCUCUAUUUUUCCGUGUUCUCCGUGCUUGUCGUUUUUGUUUUAUGUUUUGGGGAUCCAAAAGUGCCUGUACAGGACUUGUAUUUGAAUUUGUAUUGGGCCAGAGGGAAAAGCAGACGUGCCCACUACCCUGGUCCCGCCCUGGAGUCCCACUCCAGGGUCGUUUGGAGGGGGGACGAGAUCCGAGUGUCUCUUUGUUCUGGGGAGCUAAGGCAUGGCCGGCCUCUCCCUUCUGAAGUUUCCCUCCUCAUUUGUACUCACUCGGGCACCGUGCGGCGUUUGUCUAGUCUCAUCUGUGUCUAUAUAACGUUGAUUGUCUUUGCUGUCUGUUUUGUGGCCUUCAAAGAUAUAGGACAACAACUAACCACCCCCUUAAGCCUGACUCUAGGUCACUGGAGAGAAGUCUCGGCCCGGGCCCACAACCUGUCGUUGGAGGUCCGGAAAAAGAAAUGGAUGACUUUCUGCUCCUCCGAAUGGCCCGCCUUCAAUGUAGGGUGGCCUAAGGAGGGCUCCUUUAAUCUUGGUGUUAUUUUACAGGUGAAGGCUCGAGUUUUCCAGCCCGGCCCUCACGGACACGCUGACAAGGUCCCCUACAUAAUUACUUGGGAAAAUCUUGCUCAGGAUCCCCCGAAGUGGAUUAAGCCUUUUCUCUCCCCUUCCAUCCCCCUCUCAGCCCCUCCACCCUCUCCCACUCCCCUCAUCCCUCUUCCUCCUGCCCCCAUCCAGCCCACCUUUCCUCCCCUGCCUGUCCCUCCACCACCUACUCCCCUCACUCCUCUUCCACCACCCUUAUCCCAAUCUUCCCUCUACCCCCUAAAGGAGUUGUCGAAACUUAAAAUGAAGGACUCCUCCACCUCCUCUUCAAGUCCCCCCGUUCUGCCUGAUAAUCAGACAGACUUGUUAUUGUUAGAGCCUCCCCAAAUGCCAGACCCUCCGCCACCCUAUCCUCAGCCUGCUCCAGUGGAGGAACGCAGAGGACCACAAGGGGGCUCCCUUACCCCACCUGUUCCUUCUCCCGAUUCCACUGAGCCAGAGGCGGAGCCACAGGCGCCAUUGGCACCCAGAGCACCCUCGCCACCGCCCAGCAGCUGCCUGCGCCUCCAUCGCUAUCGAGGCGGAGAGAGUGAAGGAGUCUGGACGGCUCAUGCCUUCCCUCUCCGGACCGUGGGCGGCCAAGUGCAAUACUGGCCUUUUUCUGCUUCAGACUUAUAUAAUUGGAAAACCCAUAACCUGCCCUUUUCCCAGGACCCCCUGGCCCUGACGGGCUUGAUUGAGUCCAUCUUGCUGACCCACCAGCCCACCUGGGAUGACUGUCAGCAGCUCUUACAGGCCCUCCUUACUACAGAGGAACGCCAGCAAGUGUUCCUAGAGACUCGCAAGAAUGUUCCAGGACAAGAUGGCAGACCGACAUAGUUGCCAAAUGAGAUCGAUGAAGUGUUCCCGUUGACCCGCCCUAACUGGGACUUCAACACCGUUGCUGGUAGGGAGCGACUCUGUCUUUAUCGCCAGGUUCUGUUGGCGGGUCUCAAAGGGGCAGGAAGACGCCCCACUAAUUUGGCCAAGGUACAUGCAAUAGUGCAGGGUUCUGAGGAAACACCUGCGGGAUUUUUAGAAAGAUUAAUGGAAGGAUAUCGUAUGUAUACGCCCUUUGACACCUCCGCCGUAGACAGACAAUCCAACGUCAUUAUGUCCUUUAUCGGGCAGUCAGCCCCGGACAUUCAGACUAAGCUUCAGCGGCUGGAGGGACUUCAGGGGUAUACUUUGCAAGAUUUAGUCAAGGAGGCGGAGAAAAUUUUUAAUAAGAGAGAAACUCAGGAAGAAAGGGAAGAAAGAUUGCGUAAGUUGCAGGAGGAUAGAGAGAACAAGCGAGACAAGAAACGUACCAGGUUAAGUAAGAUCCUGGCCACCGUAGUCAGACAGCCAGGGGAGAGAGAGAGUAGGCCAGUGAGGAACCUGGGAGAUGAAAAGAGACCACCGUUAAGCCGGGACCAGUGUGCGUAUUGCAAAGAACUUGGACACUGGGCCAAGGACUGUCCCCAAAACAGGAGACAGGCCAGGGGAUCCCGAAGACCAGCACAGGUGUUGUCACUAGAAGGUGACGACUAGGACAGUCAAGGCCUGGAGCCCCCCCCCCAGCCCCGGGUAACUCUAAGAGUGGGGGGGGGCAGCCCAGUAACCUUCUUGGUUGACACCAGUGCCCAACACUCGGUACUGACCCAACCAAAAGGUCCCCUAAGUCAUAAAACGUCCUGGGUACAGGGAGCCACUGGAGGAAAACUAUAUCGGUGGACAACUGAGCGAAAAGUGCAUCUCGGAUCGGGGCUAGUCACUCACUCGUUCCUCUUGGUUCCAGACUGCCCCUACCCAUUGUUGGGGAGGGACCUCCUCUCAAAGGUAGGGGCCCAGAUUCACUUCCAAGAAAGGGGGGCCUCCGUUAGGGGACCCCAAGGACAACCGCUCCAAGUCCUGACUUUACGCCUAGAAGACAAGCAUCGUUGGCAUGAAAGCCCUCAGCCAGUCUCAAUCGACCCCCAGUGGUUGUUAGAUUUUUCCCAGGCUUGGGCGGAGACGGCGGGAAUGGGAUUGGCUACAAACCAGCCUCCUCUAGUCACUGAACUUAAGCCGUCGGCUGCCCCGGUGAUGAUACGUCAGUAUCCACUAAGCAGGGAAGCUAAAAAUGGAAUUAGGCCACAUAUACAAAGGCUGCUACAAUUGGGCAUCCUAAAACCAUGCCAAUCCCCAUGGAACACCCCCUUAUUGCCCGUCAAAAAGCCCGGGACAGGAGAUUACCACCCCGUGCAGGACUUGAGAGAAGUAAAUCGGAGAGCAGAGGAUAUACAUCCUACGGUGCCUAAUCCUUACAACUUACUAAGUACGCUGCCCCCGAGCCAUACAUGGUAUACAUUAUUGGAUUUAAAAGAUGCCUUCUUUUGCAUGAGACUGAGCCCCCAAAGUCAGCCGAUCUUUGCCUUUGAGUGGAGAGAUCCCGAGUUGGGUUUCUCAGGACAGCUCACCUGGACAAGGUUGCCACAGGGAUUCAAAAACUCCCCGACCCUGUUUGAGGAGGCUCUACAUCAGGACCUGGCCGACUUCAGAGUCAAUCAUCCCCAAUUCGCUCUUCUACAGUAUGUAGAUGACCUGCUCCUAGCAGCUGAGACUCUAGAUGACUGUCUAAAAGGUACCGGGGCCCUUUUAAAGAGACUAGGGGAAUUAGGGUAUAGGGCCUCAGCCAAAAAGGCCCAAAUUUGUGUCCAACAAGUAACCUAUCUAGGCUAUAAACUGGAAGGGGGGCAAAGGUGGCUAACAGAGAGCCACAAACAAGCCAUCACCCAGAUCCCACUGCCCACGAAUGCACGAACCUUGAGGGAGUUCUUAGGGAGUGCUGGGUUCUGUCACUUGUGGAUACCAGGGUUUGCUGAACUAGCAGCUCCUCUGUACCCUCUUACCAAGGCAAACACCCCGUUUCGAUGGGAAGAAAAACAACAACAUGCUUUUGAUCAGAUUAAAAAGGCCUUAUUGACAGCUCCGGCCCUGGGCCUUCCGGAUGUGACUAAGCCAUUCACUCUAUAUGUGGAUGAGCGACAAGGAAUUGCUAAAGGAGUCCUGACCCAGAAGUUAGGGCCCUGGAAAAGACUGGUGGCCUAUUUCUCAAAAAAACUGGACAGUGUGGCAGCUGGGUGGCCCCCGUGCCUCUGUAUCAUUGCAGCUGUGGCCGUUUUGGUAAAGGACUCUGAUAAGCUAACCUUAGGACAGCCCUUGACGGUGAUGGCCCCACAUGCCAUAGAGACAGUUAUUCGCCAGCCCCCUGAACAUUGGCUUUUGAAUGCCCGGAUCACCCAUUACCAGACAAUGCUGUUAAAUCCUGACCGGAUUCGAUUUGGGGCCGCAGUCUCUCUCAACCCAGCAACCCUACUCCCGGACUGGGACUCUCACCUCGCCAUCGAACAUGACUGUCAUCAAAUCCUGGCGGAGGUGCACGGGACCCGUGAGGACUUGACUGAUCAACCUCUACCAGAUGCUGAACAUACCUGGUAUACAAAUGGGAGCAGCUUCCUGCAUAACGGUGAGCGAAGGGCAGGGGCAGCAGUGGUAGACGGGACCACAGUCAUCUGGGCUUCAGCCCUAGAGCCUGGGACUUCAGCACAAAGGGCCGAACUCAUCGCCCUGACGCAGGCGUUAACAAAGGCUCGAGGAAAGAAAAUCAACAUUUACACAGACAGCCGGUAUGCCUUUGCAACCGCGCAUGUCCAUGGAGAGAUCUAUAGGAGGCGAGGUCUGCUGACUUCGGCAGGAAAAGACAUUAAGUACAAAGAGGAAAUCCUAGACCUCUUACAAGCCCUUUUCCUACCUAAAAAUGUGAGCAUCAUCCACUGCCCAGGUCACCAAGUGGGGAGGGACCCUGUAGCAGCAGGAAACAGGAUGGCAGAUGAGGCUGCUAAGGCAGCGGCCUUACAAAACCAAAACUUUGCUUUAGUCACUUCCCAAGAACAGCAGCCAAGCAAACCACCUCUCUUCCAGUAUUCAGAUCAAGAUAUAGAGGUGGCCAAGAAGCUAAAGGCAACCUUUAAUAACUCAACUGGAACUUGGGAAUAUGAAAACAGGACUAUAUUGCCCUGAAAGGAUGCGAGAAGGUUGGUUACCUACUUGCAUAGAUGGACCCACUUGGGUUACAAAAAAUUGGAGACUCUUCUACAGAGGGAAGAGCAGUUUCAUUACAUUCCAGACCUAUCGGGCAUAAUCAAACAGGUCAUAGACUCUUGUGUUCCCUCCGCCAAGGUUAAUGCAGGCCGAUUCCAAGCGCCUGCUGGAGUCAGAAUGAGAGGAGAGUGACCUGGCACUAACUGGGAGAUCGAUUUCACCGAAAUUAAGCCUGGCAAGUAUGGAGUUAAGUACCUCCUAGUCUUUGUGGAUACCUUCUCCGGCUGGACAGAAGCUUUCCCCACUAAACAAGAGACUGCACAAGUGGUAGUUAAAAAGAUUUUGGAAGAGAUUUUUCCUCGAUUUGGACUCCCUAAGGUAAUAGGGUCAGAUAAUGGCCCUGCUUUUGUCUCCCAGGUAAGUCAGAUGGUGGCCAAGCUGUUGGGGAUAGAUUGGAAAUUACAUUGUGCUUAUCGCCCCCAGAGUUCAGGACAGGUAGAACGAAUGAAUAAAACAAUUAAAGAGACCUUAACCAAAUUAGCCUUAGAAACUGGCACUAAAGACUGGGUCCAACUCCUUCCCAUGGCCCUGUUUAGAGCCUGGAAUACUCCGGCAAGCCAUGGAUUAACCCCCUAUGAAAUCUUGUAUGGAGGACCUCCUCCUAUAGCAGAUUUUCUUGACCCUGCCAUUGAUUCUUUUGCAAAUACCCAAAGCCUACAGGCACGGCUGAGAGCUCUGCAACUCAUCCAGAGACAAGUGUGGAAGCCGUUGGCCGCCGUCUACAGCUUGGGGAGCUCCGCAGUCCUACAUCCCUUCCAGAUUGGCGACGAGGUGUACGUGAGGAGGCACCAGUCCAAGACCCUCGAGCCACGGUGGAAGGGCCCAUACAUCGUGCUGCUGACCACACCCACUGCGCUAAAGGUAGAUGGGAUCGCCGCCUGGAUCCACGCCUCCCAUGUCAAGCGAGCACCGCCUGGAGACAAGAAGGACCCCUCGGAGCCAGCGAGAUGGAAGGCGCAGCGCACUCAAAACCCCCUCAAGAUAAGACUUUUAAAAACUGUUUAAUAUUCCUUAUUACUAUAA